AUGAAUGUGAUGAGCGGUGUCAUGGUGUGCCUCGGUGCGCUCGGAGCGGCGGUGCUGCUCUCCCUCCCCUGGCUCGGCAGCCUGUCGGCGGGGCUCGUGGUGUGUGCGGUCUGGGGGGGAUCCUGGAAGUUCGCGUAUGUCGCUUUACGCACCAUCAGAAGAGACCUGAUGUGUCUGGUUGUUAUCCUGCGAGUGAGGUUUUCAAUGUACCGUAAUCUGCGAAAUAGAAGCACUGUCCCUGCCCUGUUUGCCCAGAUGGUGACAAAGCACCCGGACAAACCAGCUUUGAUCUACGAGGCUACAGGAGAGGUCUGGAGUUUCAGGGAGCUGCAGGAGCGAUGCCAUGCUGUGGCUCACUGGGCGCUGGCACAGGGGUGGGCCGAGGGAGACGUGGUGGCCUUGUACAUGGAGAGCGAGCCUCUAGUGGUGGCUCUGUGGCUGGGUCUGGCUAUGGUCGGCGUAGAGGCCGCACUCAUCAACUACAACCUCCGACGGAAAUCCCUGCUGCACUGUGUCGGUGUGUCUGGUGCGCGGGCAUUGGUGUUUGGGACCGAGAUGAGAGAAGCGUUGUCAGAUGUGAGCGACUCUCUGCAGCCCGACAUGGUUUUGUUCAGCAGUGGAGAGCAGGGCGAUGACGAGAAGCUCGGCAGCCUCAGAGCUCAAAACCUGGAUGUUCUGCUGGACGGUUCCCCCAAACACCCACCACGCUACACAACCAGGAAGGAUUUCAAUGACAGACUUUUCUACAUCUACACUUCUGGAACAACAGGAAUGCCAAAGGCAGCUGUGGUGGUGCACAGCCGGUAUUAUCGCAUCGCCUCUUUUGGUUUCCACUCCUUUGGGCUGUGUAAUGAUGAUAUCCUCUACAACUGCCUUCCCCUGUACCACUCUGCAGGUACCAUCAUGGGUGUAGGCCAGUGUUUGCUCUUUGGUUUGACCGUCGUCAUCAGGAGGAAGUUCUCAGCUACUCGAUUUUGGGAUGACUGUGUCAAACACAACUGCAGCGUGAUUCUAUACAUAGGUGAGAUCUGUCGUUACCUGCUGGCUCAGCCGGUCCGCUCGUCCGAAGCACAUCACCAGGUGCGCGUCGCUUUGGGUAAUGGCCUCCGUCCCUCGGUGUGGGAGGAGUUUGUCCGGAGAUUCAGAAUACAGCGAGUUGGGGAAUUUUACGGCGCCACCGAGUGCAACUGCAGCCUGAUCAACAUAGACGGAAAGGUGGGGGCGUGCGGGUUCAACAGUCGCAUCCUGCCCAGCUUUUACCCCAUCAGACUGGUCAGGAUGUGGGAGGAGACCGGAGAGCUGAUGAGGGAUUCAAAGGGACUUUGCAUACCCUGUCAGCCUGGUGAGCCAGGUAUGUUAGUGGGUCGCAUCAAUCGCAGCGAUCCUCUCAGGAGAUUUGACGGCUACAUUGAUCAGGAUUCCACCAACAGGAAAAUAGCUCACGAUGUCUUUAAGAUGGGAGACUCUGCUUAUGUCUCAGGUGACGUGCUGGUGAUGGAUGAAUACGGCUACAUUUAUUUCAGGGAUCGCAGUGGCGACACGUUUCGUUGGCGAGGGGAGAACGUUUCCACCACAGAGGUGGAGGGAGUCCUCAGCGGCCUGCUGGGACACACCGAUGUAGCUGUCUAUGGAGUGUCUGUACCAGGUGUGGAGGGAAAGGCCGGCAUGGCAGCAGUCGCUCAUGCAGGAGGCCAGUUUGACCUCGAUGCCUUCUUGACUGCCGUACAGAAAGCGCUGCCUUCCUACGCGCGGCCCGUCUUCCUCCGGCUCAUGCCAUCUGUCGACACUACAGGUACCUUCAAAAUCCAGAAGACACGGUUGCAGAGGGAGGGAUACACGCCACAAGACUCGGGUGAAGAGAUUUAUUUUCUGAACAGUCGAGCCGGGCGUUACGAGGCUGUUACUGAUGAACUAUAUAGUGCCAUCAUGGAGGGGAGAGCGUGUCUAUGA